AGGAUGUAUGAGCUGAAAGCAGCAGCAGUAGUCUGAGUUUCAGCCACAUGCGGCAGUGGGUGAGAGUGAGAAGCACCAAAAUAUCAUCCAGCUCAUGUCAAAACGGAAUCAGCAACACAAAAAACGCCGAACAGCGGCUCAGCCAUGGCCUUUUAACAGCAGUCCCUUCGAGCGCGUGGAGUCGCAGCGCAAUCCCCGUAUAUCUGGCGCUGCUGCUAGGGGAAAAUCCCGCUGGUCGGUUUCGCUCGUGACAGAUAGACUGGCCGUUGUGCUGGGAGAUUUCAUCCAUGGCUCUGGUAACCCUGCAGCGCUCGCCCACUCCCAGCGCGGCGUCCACUUCCAGCACCGCCACCACCAACGCGGGAGAGGACUUUGGAAGUGACGAUGAGCGGCGGCUAAAUCAGAGUCUAAGCGAGAGCUUCUUGAUGGUCAAGGGGGCCGCUCUGUUUUUGCAGCAGGGCAGUUGUCCGCAGGGUCAGAGAGGUCAUCCUCACCACAAACAUGCAGGUGACUUACCUCAGCAUCUACAGGUGAUGAUCAACAUUCUUCGCUCUGAAGACCGCAUCAAAUUGGCGGUGCGGUUAGAGAGCGCGUGGUCAGACCGUGUGCGGUACAUGGUGGUAGUCUACACAAAUGGCCGUCAAGACACUGAGGAAAACAUCUUACUGGGCAUGGACUUCAGCAACAAAGACAGUAAGAACUGCUCUAUUGGGAUGGUGCUGCCACUGUGGAGUGACACCAAGAUUCAUUUAGAUGGUGAUGGGGGCUUCAGUGUGACUACUGCCGGGCACACACACAUCUUCAAGCCAGUGUCAGUCCAGGCCAUGUGGUCAGCACUGCAGAUUUUACACAAGGCAUGUGAGGUGUCACGAAGGUACAACUAUUUCCCCGGUGGCAUGGCGCUCACAUGGAUGGGGUACUAUGAGAGCUGUAUCAGCUCGGAACAGAGCUGCAUCAACGAGUGGAACGCCAUGCUGGACCUGGAAACAUUGCGACCUGACUCUCCUGCAGUCUUUGUUAACAAGCCAACAGAGAGGGAAAGAACAGAAUGUUUAAUCAAAGCUAAACUCAGGAGUAUCAUGAUGUGCCAGGACCUUGAAAAUGUCACGUCCAAAGAGAUUCGUAAUGAGCUAGAGCAACAGAUGAACUGCAACCUGAAAGAGUACAAAGAGUUCAUUGAUAAUGAGAUGCUGCUUAUUCUUGGGCAGAUGGACAAAGCCACGCUCAUCUUUGACCACCUCUAUCUGGGUUCUGAAUGGAAUGCUUCAAAUCUAGAGGAGCUUCAGGAAACUGGGGUGGGCUACAUCUUAAAUGUUACGAGGGAAAUAGAUAACUUUUUCCCAGGAACAUUUUGCUAUCAUAAUGUCCGAGUGUAUGACAACGAGGCCACAGACUUACUGGCUCACUGGAACGAGACCUACAACUUCAUUGUCAAAGCAAAAAAGAAUCAGUCCAAAUGUUUGGUUCACUGUAAGAUGGGCGUAAGCCGCUCGGCCUCUACGGUAAUAGCAUAUGCCAUGAAAGAGUACGGCUGGUCUCUGGAAAAAUCAUACAACUUCGUCAAACAGAAGCGCAGUAUCACCCGUCCCAAUGCUAGCUUCAUGAGACAGCUGGCGGAGUAUGAGGGUAUACUGGAUGCCAGUAAGCAGCGUCAUAACCGUCUGUGGCAUCCCGAUUCAGAUUGCGAUCACCCUGAUUGCCAGCAAGCAGCUUCCCCUUGCUGUGUGAACUCUGAAACUGUGGAUCAUGUCACCCCAGACCCCACAAACCCCAGGGUCACCGUCGUAUGCCGUGAGCCUACCACCCACUCCUCUCCAAUUAGCUUAGAUCUGGACCCCAGCCACCCGCAAAACUACCACUACUACUUCCGUCGCCUGUCAGACUCAGCCCUCGACAGUGAACCUUCCACGCCGAUCCAUGCACCGCCUCUGGUGGAUGUAGAUCGUGUCUACAUCGAGGUUGCAGAUGUGGAGCAAGAUGCGCUUCUUGAUGAUGAAACCUUUGAGGGGUGCGAAGGCCUUCCUUUACCACACUUCGGUGUUCCAGGAGAGGGCACAGCUGCUCAGACCUGUUCUCGAGGUGCGGAGCCUCUGGAGGAGUUACGUCUACGGUUGGAGUUCAGCACGGUGGAAGAAGAGGAUGAGGAGGAGGCUCAGAAAGAGCAAGCUGAAAUGGAGGCAUUAACAGAGGGAGUGAAGAGAGGAGAUGGGAAUGACAGAGGACGGCAAGAUAGUGAGGAGUUGUCGAAUGAAACAGGGAUUGAUCUCGCAAGCCUGAACCAUCUGUGCAACGAGAACUCCAACAACAACAACCACCUCAGAACGCAACAAAAUCUCACUGAAAGUGCCCAUCUGAAGCAGCAUGCUAAGCCGAGGCUUGCUCCUGGUUCGUCAUUCGCUUCCAAGCCCACCCAGACUGCUGUGUUGGAGGCUAACAGACGAGGCCUUGCCCCUUUACCCCUCAGCAGUGUGCCCAGUAUCUCAAUUCAGACACCACCCUGUGCCAACUUGUCCGUCACAGCCAAGAAUGGCAAACUUGCCUCAGAUCCGUGCCUUGAUGCCAAUGCAAUGUCCUUAGGGCAUAAAGAUAAGCCAGAAAGCAAAUCUCUUGACCAGGAAACUGAUAACCGGACACUACUGUUUGAAGCCAAAGGGGAAGGAGAUUCUGAACAGAAAGAGAUUGAUGCACAGGGUUCCUCUGCUCUACUCAGGAACGAAAGAGAGAUAAAGGGUUUGGAUAAGGCAGAGGUGUCUUGUUCUCCACAACAACAAGAGACUCUGGUACAGCUGCAACGCUCCGGACUUGUUCGCCGCCGAAAAGAGCGCUUGGAAAAACUUUCCGGUCUCUUUCAGGAGCGUGCACGUGCAAAUGAGCAACGGGGAACUGGUUCAAUCAAAUCCGAGGAUGCAAAGAACAAUUCCAGUGAUUCAACCGGCCCUCUCGACAGGCCCAUCGGAACACGGGCAGAUUUUACUACCGAAGUGGCGGUGCCACUGACGAACGAGGCCUUGUUAGCGGUCCUCGGCUCGGGUGGUUUGACGCCAGUCUCGUCCCCGCAUGGCUCCACGCUCACCCGCAGCUCCAGCAGCGACAGCCUCCGCAGCGUCCGUGGCAAACCGGGCCUUGUGCGUCAACGUACGCAAGAAAUCGAAGCCCGGAUGCGACUUGCAGGACUUACUGUACCUUCUCGACUGAAGCGCUCCAACUCACUCGCCAAACUGGGCAGCCUAACCUUCUCGUCUGAAGACUUGUGCUCGGCGUGUUCCUCUGAUGCAGGGACCCUUCUCAUGCUCUCUUUGUCCCCAGAACCCGAGCAUUCACUCAGCCCAGAAUGGGCCAGACCUGGGCCCUCUUCCACCUCCUCAACCUCCACAAACAUGGAGGCCUUCAACCAAGCUGAAGCAGGACCUGAAAAGUCCAAGAGCUGACAGCAAGUGAUUCAUCUUUACCUGUAGUUCUGCAACAAGAGUGUAUUCUACAAAAUAAUUGCUUUCUGUUAUGAAUAUAAACAUAAUAUUCAAUGAAUCCAGAAUCUUCUGGACAGGCUUUCGUUGCAUGGAACCCAAAUGGAUGUGUAUUGCACUGACUGAUGAACAGUUCAUGAGGUUUUCACUUCACUUCCUCUCUGCUGUUCUGAAGCAAAAUAAGCACUCGGCAUCCCAGAGGCCAUUACUUGAAAGCAUCAAAAUAGACCAUUGUGUAAUGUUUCCAUCAGCCCACCCAUUUAUCACACCAUAAAUCACCUUAUUUGUGGCCCUGUUUGAGUCACAGAUUCUUUCGGACAUGGUCACACAUUUGAAAAGGGUUUUCAAAUCAUACACCCUGCUGUGUUCUCGCUUCCUGGCUGGAUGGUAAAAGGAAAUGGACUCUUUGCAGUGAUUAGGAAAGUUCUUUGAGUGCUGAUUGACUUUAUCAUUCACAGAGCACUGAUGAUUCACUCACAGGUUUCAAACUAAUACCUCAUACCAAUACAGUACUGUUCAUAAGCCAGGCAGAUAACGAAACAGGGUGACUGGCAGCACUUCAGUGUUUGCACACAGCGCAGACUGUGUGGAGACUCAUUGGGAAAGAGGAGAUCUGUUUGGGAUUCUUCUUUCGGAUACUUGAUGAGGGUGAUGAAAGACAAUCAUUUUGAAGGAUAAAGAAAAUCAGAGGCGACUUCAAGCUGCUGUUCUCCUUCCGCUGAAACGUUCAUACAUGCAGUUGCUAUUCUUAUGAAUGUGACUGUCCAUGUUGCUGUCAAAAUAGCAGUAGGGCUUUUGGGUAAUGUUUGGGUCACUAUUACUGUUACAGUCUCUAAUAGCACAUACAUGUACUUGUAAAGAUUUUAUAUCAACGGGAGCUCCUCCACUGUAGUUUCUCUAGCAGAGCAGCUGCUCCAUGUUUCCAAAUGUGAUACAAAUCAGUCAUUUACCCAGUUAAGGAACGACUGUUAUUUGUUACAUGUCUCCUGUUCUAACGCAUUGUCCUGUUUGUACUUGCUGUCAGUUUUCCAUAAUGAAAUCAAAGUAAGGUAGAUUGGCCUUUUGAACCAAAUCUAUACAGAAGUAGAACUGAAGAAUGCUCUGAAACAAGAUAAUACAACACAAGUCAAAGAUAUGUCAUGGUUUCAACAGCUGUUCACCUCUGAGUGUGUGUAUCUCUAUGGGAAAAUCUCAUAAAAGCAUGUCCAGGUUACAUUUUGCCCCAAAAUCAAACGAGAAAUAUAAGAAAUUAUAUUUUGUAUUAUAUAUCAUUACCAUUUUAAAAAUGUUUUACUUGUAUUUUUUUAAAUUCCCAUCACUCACAAUGAUGAUUCCCUUUAGAUUCUGAUUAAUGCAGUGUUAUAAAAAUACUGUAGUACAAUAAUACAAACGUUUUUAAAUUGGUAUAAAAUAAAAGCCAUACAACAAAAUUUCGAAUUUAUAAAUAAAUCAAUAAUAU